GUGGGGCCGUUCCGUGAGCUCAGAGCCAGCAUAUAAAUUUCCAGUCCCUGAACAUGAGCAUUUAGUUCAGGCCGAGGAGAGGUGCAUAGAAAACCUUGGUGAAGUGUUAUCUACAGGAGUCCAGUUUAACAGAAUUUCAAUCCUAAAAUGGACCUCAAGCCAAUAUUAAAAAAAUGUGGCACAGGGGUUCGGGCAAUAUUCACAUUUCUCUUCGCUUUCCUGGUCUUUGGGGUGAUGUUAUGGGCGUACAUUAAAGGUUUCACGAUAGCCACAUCUCCAUUCAACAUAAUCUCAUUAGGUUUCUACGGAGUGCUACUCAGCCUCCACGUCCUUGUCCAAAGCUUUUUUGCCUUUGUGGAACAUCGGCGGAUGCGACGAAGAGAGCAAGUGUGCAGCUACACAAAAACAAUCGGCUUUACCAUCUCAGCCUAUCAGGAGGACCCAAAUUAUCUGAUGGAGUGCCUUAAGUCAGUACGUGGACUGGAGUACCCAAUUGAUAAGCUCCGCAUUAUCAUGGUGGUGGAUGGAAACUCGGAAGAUGACCGCUAUAUGAUGGAGAUGUUCCGUGAGGUCUUCGCAGACCGGGACCCUGGCUGUUGUGUUUGGCAAAACAACUACCACUCUUGGGACCCCAGAGCCCAAGAAUCGAACGCGGCUCAAGAUAAUGGCGGGAUGGUUUUUGAGGACCCUCAGCGCUCGGAGGUUGAGGAGCUCAUCAGGACGAAGAGUUGUGUGUGCAUCAUGCAAAAAUGGGGAGGGAAGAGGGAAGUGAUGUAUACUGCAUUCAAGGCACUUGGAUCAUCUGUGGAUUAUAUACAGGUAUGUGACUCGGACACAAAAUUAGACCCCCUGGCCACAGUGGAGCUGUGCAAAGUGUUGGAGAGUAACCCAAAGUAUGGGGCUGUGGGAGGCGACGUGAAGAUCCUCAACCUUAAAGAGUCUUAUAUUAGUUUCAUGAGCAGCCUGCGCUACUGGAUGGCGUUCAACAUCGAGAGAGCCUGUCAGUCCUUCUUCAACUGUGUUUCCUGUAUCAGCGGCCCCUUAGGUCUGUAUAGGAAUGAUCUGCUACAGCAGUUUCUGGAAUCCUGGUACAACCAGAAAUUUCUUGGUACUCACUGCACCUUUGGGGAUGACCGUCAUCUCACCAAUCGAAUGCUGAGCAUGGGCUAUGCUACAAAGUACACUGCCCGUUCUAAGUGUUACACUGAGACCCCUGGUCAGUUUCUGCGCUGGCUGAACCAGCAGACCCGCUGGACCAAAUCCUUCUUUCGCGAGUGGCUCUACAAUGCUAUGUGGUGGCACAAGCAUUCCCUGUGGAUGACAUAUGAAUCCAUCGUCUCGGGGAUCUUUCCUUUCUUCGUCACGGCCACCAUUAUCAAGCUCUUCUGGACGGGCAGUCUAUGGGACAUCUUGUGGGUCUUGUGCUGCAUCCAGCUGAUUGGUUUGGUGAAAGCAGCGUAUGCAUGCUUCCUGCGACAAAACAUGGUGAUGAUCUUUAUGUCGUUGUACUCUGCCCUCUAUAUGACCAGCCUCCUGCCUGCCAAAUACUUUGCCAUUCUUACCAUGACCAAAAGCAGCUGGGGCACAUCAGGUCGCCGAAAGAUGGUUGGCAACUAUAUCCCCCUGUUACCCCUGUCAGUGUGGGCAGCCAUCUUGUUAGGAGGCCUUGCAUACACAAUCUACAAAGAAAGCAAGAUGAACUGGUCAACAGCUGCAAAAAAAGAGGAGAUCAAGUUUUUGAUAUUUGGAUCUGUUGCUUACGUGUGCUACUGGCUGAUCAUGAUCGGCCUCUAUUGGAUAUGGUUUCGAAGGCUACUCAGAAAACGCUCACAGACUUAUGCUGUGAACGUUUAAGAUGGUUGUUUAUUUAUUUAAGAACAUUUGCACAUUUUUUAGAGCCAUAUUUUACAUAUAGUUUAAGAAUAAUGAAACUUGAGGUAUUAAUAUUUAGUGUACAUAAUUGUACCAACAAUAUAUUAUUUAUAAUAA